CGCCGCCACGGAGGCGUGGAUAUCUUUUCUUCCCGCCGUCCACGUCGUCCGCACCCCCUUGUCACGAACAGCCAUGGCCAAGGUCCUCUCCGGCAAAGACGUCGCCGCCCACAACAAGCGCGACGACUGCUGGAUCAUCAUCCACGGCAAGGCUUACGACGUCACGGACUUCCUCGAUGACCACCCGGGCGGCAGCAAGAUCAUUCUCAAGUAUGCCGGCAAGGACGCGACGGCGGAGUAUGACCCCAUUCACCCCCCGAACACCAUAGAGGCGAAUCUCCCUCCUGAGAAGCAUCUCGGACCUGUGGACCUCAACACCGUAGAGAAGGUGGAGGUCGUGAUCACAGACAGGGAGAAGGAGAGAUUAGAGCGCUUCAAUGCCCGUCCCCUGCUCGAUAACAUCCUGAAUCUUCAUGACUUCGAGGCCAUCGCGAAGCAGGUCAUGCCUGAGAAGGCAUGGGCAUACUACUCCUCCGCUGCGGAUGAUGAAAUCACGAAUCGUGAAAACCACGCCGCAUACCAUCGGGUGUGGUUCCGCCCACGGAUACUGCGGGACGUUACGAAUGUCGACUGGUCGACGACUAUCCUGGGGCACAAGACCAGUAUGCCGAUCUACAUCUCGGCUACUGCGUUGGGCAAGCUCGGGCACCCCGAUGGCGAGCUGAACCUCACGCGUGCAGCUGCCAAGCACGGUAUCAUCCAGAUGAUACCUACUCUCGCGUCAUGCUCGUUUGACGAGAUUGUUGACGCGGCUGCGCCGGGUCAAGUACAGUUCUUCCAGCUAUACGUGAACAAGGACCGCAACAUCACCAAGCGGAUCGUACAACACGCAGAGAAGCGCGGCAUCAAGGCACUCUUCAUUACCGUCGACGCGCCCCAGCUCGGUCGAAGAGAGAAGGACAUGCGUAUGAAGUUCGACGCCGAGGACCCGAAGGUGGUCACCGAAGGCGAGAAGGUCGACCGAUCGCAGGGCGCUGCGAGAGCGAUUAGCACCUUCAUCGACCCCGGCCUCAGCUGGGCGGACAUCCCCUGGUUCAAGAGCAUCACCAAGAUGCCCCUCAUCCUCAAGGGCGUUCAAUGCUGGGAGGACGCGCUCAUGGCCUACGAUGCCGGCCUCGCCGGCGUCGUUCUCUCCAACCACGGCGGCCGGCAGCUCGACUUCUCGCGCUCGGGCCUCGAAGUGCUCGUCGAGGUCGUGGAUAACUUGACGGCGAAGCGCGGGCUGAAGUUUCCGAACGAGAAGUUCCAGCUGUUUGUGGACGGUGGGGUGCGGCGGGCGACGGAUGUGAUUAAGGCGAUUGCGCUGGGGGCGAAUGCGGUCGGCGUCGGCCGUCCGUUCAUCUAUGCGUUCUCGACGUAUGGCGCGGAGGGCGUGGAUAAGGCGAUCAAUAUUCUUCACGACGAAUUCGCCAUGAACCUCCGCCUCCUCGGCGCCCCGACCAUCAAGGACAUCGUCCCCGAGAUGGUCGACGCGCACAACAUCCACUCGCACGUCGUCGCCGUCCCAGGCGACCGGCUGUACGACGCCAACUACGAGAGCAUGCAGCACGCGAAGCUGCAGGACGUGAAGGCGAAGUCGAAGUUGUGAGCGUGGACAGAGGAGAGGGGAGGACAUCUAUCUAGUACACGUUUGGAUAUCGUGACGACUAUCCGGAGUAUAUAUGCAUCUAGGGGCAUGGAUAGAUCAGCGAAUAUUGGCGACAAGUGCCGGAGUCAGAUCGAACUAUGGGUGUAUGUGGGCG